AUGCGUCACUUCCGCUUCGGCCCCGCUAGAGGCACCCGCUCGGCUGGGGUCAUGGCGCCGCCUGGCGGCUCGCAGCAGCCACCGCCGCCCCUGCUCUGCUCGCGGGCAAACGUCACCCAGCCCAGGGACACCGGCACCGAGGGAACCAACGUAACCCCCAACUGUCCACCAGUCAUAGAAUCACGGGAUCCCAGCAUGGAGGUGUUGGGGAUCCCGCUGCCUGCCUCGGGGCUGGGGGGGCCGCCCCGGACCACGGAACAUCGCUUCGUGGGGCGGGUUCCGGUCGGGCCGAGGCGCGGGGGGAAGGGGACGAGAGGUAGCAGGCCGGAACCGGAAGUGCAGGGGACGGCGCGGCGCGGACCGGAAGCGAGCCUGGGAGCUGUUGCCGUGACAGCGGGGCCGGGAGCCGUCAUGGAGCCCGCGGCCACGCUCACCGACAUGUACGACCAGGCGCUGCUGGGCAUCCUGCAGCACGUCGGGAACGUGGAGGAGUUCCUGCGCGUCCUCUUCGGCUUCCUCUACCGCAAGACCGACUUCUACCGGCUCCUCCUGCGGCCCGGGGACCGCCUGGGCUUCCCUCCCGGCGCGGCGCAGGCCAUGACUCUCCAGGCCUUCAAAGCCUUCGAGCACAUGGCCAGGCAGGACGAUGAGAGGAGGCGCCAGGAGCUGGAGGCCAAGAUGAAGAAGAAGGAGGAGGAAGAGGAGGCUGCUGCAGAUGCUGAGAGGGUGAAGCUGUCCCCUGCAGCUCAGGAGAUUGAGGUGGAGACAACAGAAGAGCACAGCUCAGCGCUGGAUGCUGGAGGAGCUGGGGAUGCCCCAGAGCUGGCCAUGGGCCCUGUGCUGGCAGAGCCCCCGGGAGCUGCUGCCCUGCCACAGCCCCAGCCACCAGAGCUGCCCACGUAA